GCCUCUCCUACGUCCAAAUAGGAUGAGUCAGAACCAACCCCGGCGGCCUGGUCAGAGCCAGGACCGGCCGACAAGAUGCGGCGACGUGUUACCGGUGGCCGGAGGCCACGCCGGCGAAGCCAUCACCCCGAGGGCCGCGGACAUGAUGCCGUCGGCCGAGAACAGGGUGCUGGGGCGGACCCCCAACGACGGCCCCGCUUCCGGCAUGGAGUCGGCUGCCACGCGGAACAAACAGCGUGGCGUCGUGAGCAAUGCCCCCGGACUGCAGGACGUGUCCGUCACCCAGACCGACAUCCCCGGCAGCCCCGGCCAACGCCUCGUGACCAAAUUCGUCGCCGGCCAGGCAGUGGGCCAGUAUGUGAUCUACAGAGGAGAGGGAGGUGACGACCAGGGUGGCGGUGGAUGCUCCGUGGCGAUGUGGACUGACAAGGUAACAAUCGGGGAGGCACUGGAGGCGACUGCCACGACCGCCGGCGACAAGACGGUCGAGGCGAGCGACGCCGCCGCGAUCCAAGCUGCCGAGGCGACCGCCACGGGCGUGAACGCAGUCAUGCCGGGCGGUGUCGCCGCAGCUGCGCAGGCGGCUGCCGCGGCCAACGCCUCGAGGGAUCGCAACGACGACAAAACCAGGCUCGGCCAAGUUGUCAAGGUAACGACUAUCCACAAGACUUAAACUGCAUGCACCCGACGGUCUUUGACGUAGAUACGUACGUCGCUAUACUCGGCGUCAGGACGCGGCGAUAAGGCUGCCGGUGGACAAAGUAGCGACGAGGCGGGACGCGGAGAGGGUGUUGGCGGCUGAGAUGCGGAUCAACCCCGACCUGCUAACGUAUCCGGGUGGGGUUGGCGCUUCCAUGGUCGCGGCGGCAAGGCUUAACCAACAACGUUGACACCGCUCGAUCACUUUCCUUCUUUUCUGCGUCUCGCAAGUGGAAUAAAAGCUCUCAAGUGCUCCUUUAAUGGCGUCGCUUUGAUCACCGUGCCAUAGCUGACCUUUGGUCUCCGAGAACUUUUGUUGCGGUAUUGUUGCC